AAUUGUUCCUGAAUCGUAAUCGAAAAUUGCGAGUGUUUCUGUAGUUUUAGCUUCUAAAUCACCAAGGAGGCUUUUGGAAGAGAAGCUCAUCUCUUUCUUGGAGUCAUGUAAAACCCAGAAAAAGCUUCUUCAGAUUCAAGCGCAGACUUUAAUUCAUGGGUUGGAACAGAAUGAUUAUGUUGGCCCGAGAAUCGUCGCUGCUUGUUGCCGGAUCACGAGAAUUGAUUACGCACGCCGAGUGUUCGACGCAAUCUCUCAACCAAAUGUUUCUGUCUGGAAUGCCAUGUUCAAUGGCAUCGGCAAAUAAGGUUUUCUCUGAGAUGGUUGAGAAAAAUGUAGUUACUUGGACUUCGAUGAUCAAUGGGUAUAUUUUGAACAAGGACUUAGUCUCUGCUCGACGGUUUUUUGAUUUGUCGCCUGAGAGAGACAUUGUGUUGUGGAACACUAUGGUAUCUGGUUAUAUCGAAACGGGGAAUAUGAUGGAGGCUAGGAGUCUUUUUGAUUUGAUGCCUUGUAAGGAUGUCAUGUCGUGGAAUACGGUUCUAGAAGGUUAUGCAAAUAUUGGAGACAUCGAAGCAUGUGAAAGAGUUUUUGUAGAAAUGCCGGAGAGAAAUGUGUUCUCUUGGAAUGGUAUGAUCAAGGGCUAUGCUCAAAGUGCGCGGCUUUCUCAAGUGCUGGAUUGUUUCAAGAGAAUGGUUGUUGAAGGGAAUGUUGUUGCUAACGACGCAACAUUGACUUCAGUCUUAUCCGCUUGUGCAAAGUUAGGAGCUCUCGAAUUCGGGAAACGGGUGCAUAAACAUGGAGAGAAUCUUGGGUAUGAUAAUGUGAAUGUUAACUUUAAGAAUGCUUUGAUUGAUAUGUAUGCAAAAUGCGGAGCUAUAGAGACAGCUAUGGAAGUCUUCAGAAGCAUAAAGAGGAGAGAUUUGAUAAGUUGGAACACCAUAAUCAACGGCUUAGCUGCACAUGGACAUGGUACCGAGGCCUUAGAUCUAUUCCGGGAGAUGAAAAACAGUGGAAUUAGACCCGACAAGGUAACAUUCGUCGGUGUUUUGUGUGCCUGUAGACACAUGGGUUUGGUUGAAGAUGGUUUGGCUUAUUUCAAUUCCAUGUCUACUGAUUUCUUAAUCACGCCUCAAAUCGAGCAUUGUGGUUGUGUGGUGGAUUUACUAUCCCGUGCUGGACUUUUAACACAAGCUGUUGAGUUUAUAAACAAAAUGCCUGUGAAAGCGGAUGCUGUUAUAUGGACCACUUUACUUGGAGCUUCAAAGGUGUAUAAGAAGGUGGAGGUUGGCGAACUUGCUCUUGAAGAGUUGGUCAAGCUUGAACCAAGAAACCCGGCUAAUUUCGUGAUGCUCUCAAACAUAUAUGGAGAUCUCGGGAGAUUUGUUGAUGCUGCAAGGCUGAAAGUUGCUAUGAGAGACACCGGUUUUAAGAAAGAAGCAGGUGUUAGCUGGAUUGAGACCGAUGAUGGUUUAGUCAAGUUUUAUUCUUCGGGAGAGAAGCAUCCCCAAACAGAGGAUUUACAGAGGAUCUUGAAAGAGCUUAAGAACUUCAACUUCCUGCUUGAUGAAGAAGAAGAAGAAGAACCUCAAGAACAUUUUAUCUAGUCUUGAAAGAAGCUUUUGUCAACAAGAUUGGAUUUUUUCACUACCGGGAUUCGUUAUGAAGAAUUUUCUGACAUGUGGAAGCGGGAAGCUUCAUACUCUUUGAGGUAUCAGAAUUUGUAAUUGUUUCACAGAUGAAGUAAUUGUAAUACUGUAAUUUUCACUAACACAUGGACUUGAUACAGAAGCCAUAA